AUGGCCGCGCCCAUGGCCUCGCCGCUCACGGCCGUCGCCCGCGCCGCCCGCCUCCACCCCGUCUCCUGCUCCGCCUCCUCCUCCUCUCCCAAGAACCCCAAACAGUCGUCGUCGUCGUCGUCGUCUUCGCCGCCUGCUGUGCCGUCGCUGAGGUCCGCGGCGGUGGCGUUGGCGGGGGCGGUGCCGCUGCUGGCGGCGCUGCCGCCGCCGGACGCGCUGGCCGUGGGCGGCGAACUGGGGAUCAUCGAGGGCCGGACCGUCGCGCUGCUGCACCCGGCCAUCAUGGGCGGCCUCUUCGCCUACACGCUCUGGGCGGGCUACCUCGGCUGGCAGUGGCGCCGCGUCCGCACCGUCCAGGACGAGAUCACCGAGCUCAAGAAGCAGGUCCGCCCCGCCGCCGCCGCCGCCACCCCCGCCGCGGUCGGCGCCGGGGACUCCGCCUCCCCGCCCCCGCCCCCCGCUGCCAAGUCCCCCACCGAGAUCAAGAUCGAGGAGCUCAGCGAGGAGAGGAAGAAGCUGGUGAAGGGAGGCUUCCGGGACCGGCACUUCAACGCGGGGUCGAUCCUGCUGGGCCUGGGCGUGACGGAGUCCGUCGGCGGCGCGCUCAACACCUGGCUCCGCACCGGCAAGCUCUUCCCGGGCCCGCACCUGUUCGCGGGGGCGGCCAUCACCGUGCUCUGGGCGGCGGCCGCGGCGCUGGUGCCGGCGAUGCAGAAGGGGAACGAGACGGCCAGGAGCCUGCACAUCGCGCUCAACACCAUCAAUGUGCUGCUCUUCAUCUGGCAGAUCCCCACGGGGCUCGAGAUCGUCGGCAAGGUCUUCGAGUUCACCAACUGGCCAUGA